CGCGCAGCUUCCCCCUCCCACCCUCACUCCUCCCAUCCCUUAAAAAAGAGAGAGAGAGAGAGAAACGACCAACGCAAAUAAAUAAUACCGUUCCGAGCCUGCGACGUCUUGGGUGCCCUCUCCUCCCCGCUGGGCUCAGAGCGCUCCAGCCCGGGGGAGGCGGCGGCGAGAGACAGUGGCCGGGUCCGGCGGGGCGCGGGCUAGAGACGGGUGCAGCGGGCCCGCAGGCGCCGCACUAUGCUCCCCAGCGCCGUGGCAGCGGGCGCCUACUGGGACGUGGUGGCUUCCUCCGCGCUCCUCAAUCUCCCGGCAGCACCGGGCUUUGGCAACCUGGGCAAGAGUUUCCUGAUCGAGAACUUGCUGCGGGUCGGAGGCGCCCCGGCGCACGGGCUGCAGCCACCCCCGCCCCACGGCCCGGCGGCCUCCCUACCCACAGCCGCGGGCGCGCAGCUCCGGCCGCUGCCCGCCAGUCCCGUUCCCCUCAAGCUGUGCCCUGCGGCCGAGCAAGUCAGCCCAGCCGGGGCACCCUACGGCACGCGGUGGGCAUUUCAAGUGCUCGGCCCCUCGGCGGAAGGCGCGAGGCUGCCGGGCCGGGCUCCGGAGGACCGAGACUGUGCUUUCCAGCCUUCUGCCCCAGGGCCUCCCAAACCUUUUCUUCUGAGUGCACCAGCAUUCUACUCUGCGUGCUGUGGUGGGUCCUGCCGGCGCCCUGCAUCCCCCUCCGCUUUUCCAAGAGAAGAGAGUGUGCUGCCUUUGCUGACACAGGACUCUAAUUCCAAAGCUCGGAGGGGCAUUUUAAGAAGAGCUGUAUUUUCUGAGGACCAGAGAAAGGCUCUGGAGAAAAUGUUUCAGAAGCAGAAAUACAUCAGCAAAACAGAUCGAAAGAAACUUGCCAUCAAUUUGGGACUAAAGGAAUCACAGGUGAAAAUUUGGUUUCAGAACAGAAGGAUGAAAUGGCGGAAUUCCAAAGAAAAGGAAGUACUUUCCAACAGGUGCAUCCAAGAUAUAAACCUUCAAGAGGAUCCUCUCUCACAGUCUGCUCUGGGUUUCUCUUCUCCAUGUGCUUCAAUAUGGGAAGUCUCCCAACAACCCUCAAGUCCAAGAUGGAGGGAGAAUUCUCCAGAACCUUCAGAAAAACUAAUCCAGGAGAGUUCAGGGGCACCACCCCCAGAAGCAAAUUCACUGCAAGGUGCCUUGUAUUUGUCUUCUGAGGAAGACACUGGAGACAAGGGUGCACUUACUAAGUCCAUGUGAAAGGAAGCAUUCCUCCAUGUUAAAAGAACACUUAACCAACAACAUUUGAACUCUAAAGCCAGUUAACUUGUGCCUCAUUAUUACCUAAAACCUAACACCUUCUGAAUGAUACAGGAACUAAUGCUUUAGGAAAUUCACUCCAGUGUUCUCUUAUCUAGCCCUAUACUCAGACUUAACUUGUAAGUGGAAUAGAAUCUUCCAAGAAAUAUGAUGAAACUAAAAAGAAUAAGAGCAAGCAUUGGCUCGGUCCCUGCUCUGAGUAUGUGUAUAUAUUCAUAUGUCUGUAUGUGUAUGUAUAUAUAUGUAAAUAUUCAUUAAAAAAUACAUUGGUAGAAACUCAUUUCUCUUUAAACACUGCAUGAAGCAAGUUCAUUUCCUUUUUUAUGAAGAAAAAUAAACCAUCAACAGAAUGCUAUAAUUUUUUUGGAAAUAAUGUAAAAUUUAAACUUUAGUCCAAACUUUGAUAUCACAAGAAUAUGUUUUAAAAGUUUCUCAGGGGCUAGGGCUGUAAUUCAGUAGUAGACUGCUUCUUAUCAUGCACAAGACCCUAGGUCAAUCCCCGGGAUGACUAAAAAAGGAAAAUAUAGGAAAAGGAAAAUUAUAUUAUUUCAUGACCUCUUUUGGUAUCCAACUAUAAGUGAAUUUUAGCAACUCAGCAAUGCUAAUCAAACGAGCCACGGUUAGAUACAUACACCGAAGAUACACAUUAAAAUGAACCCAACAAGAAAAUUAGAAUUCCUGAAUAUAACUUAACUUAUAUAACAGCAUAUAUGCUUAAUUUUCAAGUCUCUACACCUUAUCAGGACAUCACUGAGAGAGGUACCCAUUUAACCAAUAAUUAUCUUUUGAUUAUUUCUCUGUAGCGAUAGGCCUAGACCAGGGUUUGCAAAACAAAAUGGAUGUUUGAGGACUUGGCAGAUAAAUAAAAGUCAUGGCCUACCUAAAGAUAGUUGAGUUCAAUAAUUUUCCAACACUGUGUUGGCCAAACAAAACAUCUGUGUCAAGUAGUUUGUGACCUCUGGCCCAAAAUAAACAAAGUUGCAGUGUUAUAGUUCUUGAAAUGUUCCCAAAUGGACUUAAAAACACAAUGCUGAUGGAAUCUAUGAUGAUUUCUGUUUGCACUUCUAGUUACAGGCUCAAUUUUCCACUUAGUUGGCAUAUACUAUGUAUAUUGGGUUAUUUUAUGUAUUAACAAACACUACACAGAUGUUUUAUGUUUUUGACAACCCUGAAAUAGUGUUUUUAUAAAAUUACAUUUCUGGUAACGAUUUGCUUAGUUAAUCCAGCAAUUUUAAUUUCAUGUCCAAGAAAAAAUUAUGUUUCACUUUGAAGGAAAUGAAGCAGAAAAAGGAAAUGAUGUGGUUUUGAACCAAGCUGUCAUUAAUCUGUGGAUAAGAAACAUUCCUAGAAGUUCAUUAUGUGGCAUUUUGUUAGUGAACAAGCUACGUAAUGAUGGCGGCUUCUAAUUUGCUUACCUUCUCAGCUAUAGCCUUUGAAGGAUUGGUGUUUAGAAAAAGCACUAUUUCAGAAGAUAAUGGUUUUUAAUCAAUGUUAGCAAAUUAUUUUUUAUGAAUGGCAUGUUUUUGUUGGUAUAUGUCUUUAUUGCAUGAUCUUUUACUGUCACUUGAGUCAUCUUGGAAGCUCAUCGCAAUGCCUCAUGGCUGGGAGUGGGGGCAGGGAUCUGCUAACAACAGUUUAAAUUUGAAGAGCUGUUUUAAAGUGAUUUAAAAUAGUUUUUUAUAUGAUGUUAACCUCAUUUGCAUUUUUAGGGCUCUUUCUAUGUUUUAGACACUAUGCUAAGCACUUAAUCCUCACAGCAAUAACUCUACAAUGUAGACAGUAUUACUAUCAGGGUUCCUGUUGUCAGACGAGGGGGCUGAGGCAGAAUAUGGUUAGAAUGCUUACACAAGGUCAUGAAGUGAAUAAAUGGGAUUUGGACGCAGGCAGUCAAAUUUCAAAUCUUGAGGUCUUUACCAGACUCAAGGGGUCCAUACCACUGUGGGAUGUAUUCACAUGGUGUGGGAUGCUUUAAGAGAUACAUUUUGGUGAUUGUGGUGAGAUUUAUUAAAGAAAUUCAGAAGCACAUUCUGUCUUAUAAUCUCUUACUUUUGGAAUGGCUUUCUCUUGAGUAUUCUCUUUUCUGUCAAUUUUGAAGUUUAGAGAAAGUAAGUGCCAUGGGAGUGUUUUAGGGUGCAAUGGUAACGCUUUUUGUUCUUUUUAAAUCACUCACUGCUCAAAAUCAUGAAGUGCUUGUCUGUGAUCAAAGUUUCUUAAGAAUAACUUGAAUUUUGAAAGAGAGAAAUCUGUCAAGGCUACCUUAUUACUUAGAUUGUAGAAAUGGGCUAAUUGGUGCUUACAUAUCUUCCAACAGGAAGGUCUGAGACCAGCAGAGGCUUCACUUUGUAUGACUGGCCUGAUGUUUGAAUAUACAAAUCAGUCUUUUAAUUAUCGUCCAUUUUGGAAUGCAAUUAGAUGUAAGCAAAGUUCCCUGUGGAUGGAUAUUUUAGUGGUGCCUAGGAAAUACACAAAGACGUAUACACGAUAUGCAUACAUGUGCCCUUUGUGGUUUAUUUUGCUUUCUGUUUCCAGAAGUGCUGGAGGGGAGGACUGAGCCCUGUUAUUCCAUCAACCAGGGUUUCCCUUCUCUCUUAGCUUAUGUUCCUAACUGUCCAACCCUUGGACUUGUGUGUCCAUUUUCCUGUUAUCUCAGUACAAUUCCUUUUCUGCAGGUGAUCAUGCAAUAGCAUAUUUGCUGUCUGCUUUCCAGACAAAUGCUGCUCUAAUUGGCACCAGGGCUAUAGAAGGAGGUUGAAGCAUUUCAAAAGAAAUUAUCAAGUGGCUCUUUAGCAGAUGAGAAGAAAUUAAUGGUGAGCAUUAUCUCCAUUUUUUAUAAGUAUUUUGGAUUGGAAAUAUAUUAACAGAGAUUAUCACUGGCUCUGGAGACAAUGAAGAUCAUGAUCAUUAAUGUUUAAAGUAAAUGUUAAAGUAGUAGUUAGAUUGUUUGCAUGGGAACCCAAUUAUAUAAUUCAGUUGUUCUCAGAAUUUAAAAAUCACACACAUGAUCAUGCCAUACCUUCCAAUGAAUUUUAGAUAUACACACAGAUAUGGACAUACAUACUCCAACAUCCAUUCCUUCCACUUCACCCCUGAGAAUCAGUACACAUAUUCUUUUUCACUUUUCAAAUAUAAAAUCAUAAACUAAUAUACUUGUUCAACCCACAUGUGUUCCUCCUGGUCCCCUUCACUCCCUUUUCUGAUGCAUUUUACACACUUCCUUUAAAAGGUACAUAUGCCCCAAUGUGUCCCAUGACCCAUCCAUCCCUCGGUUGCUAAUGGUUCCCUCAGUCUCUGACCUUUAUACAUCAUGAAGUUCAUUCCACUCAGAAGCUUCUUAAACACUGCAUCAACUAUCUGAAAUACCCCCAGUAAUUUUGGUUUCUGGAAUUCAACACAUAUUGGGCACUCUGGGAAACAUGUCCUAGCCUCUGUGCCAACAAAUAUGAGAAAGAGCAUAGUCCUUACCCUCACAUAGUCUAUAAGUUAGUCUUCUUGCCAAGCAACUUUUGAAGUAUUCCCUGCUGCUGUUGACAGGAUCUGUUGAAUUUGGAGCAAAAAUAAACAAACUUUUGAUAUCCUCCAAAACCCCUGACUCUCUAUUUUCAGGGGGAGAAUUCUUAAGUGCUCUACUGUUCAAAAAAUACAAGCUGCUCAACAGUGUUGGUUUUCUAUGCUCUCCCUCUUCAGACCAUAGUGAUCCAGAUGGAGUUAGAAAGAGUACAGAAAGAAAUUCAGCAGUUCUCUUUUGUUCAAUGUGUACUCUGUCACCUUUUUUCUUUUUGCCUUCUCAGUUUCGUUGGGAAGAGAGAAGAAAAGCAGAUAAAGCAGGGAAGUUCAGGAUGAUAAGUGUUCUUGAAUAUGUAAGGAAGAUGUUGCAAGAUUAAUCUGUAUCUUUUUCAAACCACUUCUGAAUUAAGCAAUUACCUUAAUGAUGUAUAGUAUGUGUGCCACAAAUAUGGUUCUUAGCAUUAUUAUUUUUGGUUAUAAAGAAAUAGACUCAAAAACACACCUAACAAAAUAAAAUUCAUAUGUAAUUCCACAUUCUGGAGAUAGCCAACUUAGCUCUUCUAUGAAAAAAAUUAGUGAUUUUUAAAUGUAUGGUAAUGUAAAAUACAUGUGCCUCAACAGGUUUGGAUCACAGUGUAUAUCCAAUUUUUCCUGAUUUUUUACUCAACUUUGUACACAGAAAUAUU